AUGCGUGCCGAGGAAGAAGUCGAAAAUCAGCUGAAUUCUUCUGUGAAUCUAAACACAGAUCUGAUCGAGAUUCAGAAGCAAGAAGAGUUAGUGCAGAGGAAGUUUCUUGAAGUGUUUUGGAUAUCCAUGUGCUUCCAUGGGAAUCAAGAACAGAGGAGGAAGACCACAAAGAAGAGUGAAGUGAGUGAUUCAAGCUCGGAUCUUUUCGAGAUAGAGAAUCUCACAGGGAAACUAAAACCUUGUCUUACAAGGCAAGGGAGUGAUGCGGCUUCACCAACACGUUAUGCUCCAAGUGAAGUAAGCAUAGAGUGGAGCAUAGUGACAGCAAGUGCAGCAGAUUUCUCUGUUAUGUCUGAAUGUGCAACAAGUCCAGUUUACAAGCAACGCUUAAAACAUACAAAUUCAUCAACAAAUGUAACAUCUCAAUGA